UUACAACGACAAGGUGAAGUGCAAGUGGUAAAUUACGCUAUCCGUGGGCGAGCUUUCACUUUGCAAUGCAGGGUUUUGGAACCGAUAGGUUGGGAUAACUCAUUUAUCGCAUCCGUCGCCCUUUCCAUGCCCACAACUCUUAUAAGAAAAGGAAUUGUUAAGCGCCAUAACUGAAACAAAGACAUGGCUCCUUCUUCAUCUUCUCCAAUUCCUCUGCUCCUCGUCGUCUUUCCCCUAGUUUUCUUGCAACUCUCUCAUCAUCCUGUUAGAGCCCAAGACUUCUUCCCGCAUGCAAAAUGCUCCACGACGGGCAACUUCACUGCCAACAGCGCCUACCAAACCACCUUGACCACCCUCCUCUCCUCCACCGAAACACUCAGCUUUGGCUUCUUUAAUGCGUCCUCGACUGUGUCCCAAACCUCUGAGCAGAUCACCGUCAUUGGACUUUGCCGUGGUGAUGUCCCCAAGGACGCCUGCAGGAGUUGUCUUCAAACCUCUGCCACCGACCUCAGACAGCUCUGCACGAACCAGAAGGAGGCGAUCGUUUGGAACGAGAACUGCACGCUCCGUUACUCCAACCGGUCCAUACUCAAUUCUGUCAGCACCGAGCCGAACUAUCCCUUAUAUUCAGUAAGCGACUUCAACUCAGACCAGUAUAACGUGGUGCAAGGAUUGUUGCUUGAUCUCCGGGCCACGGCAGCAUCAGGUGGGCCCCUCCUGAAGUCUGCAACCGGCAACAGGGUGGCGGGCCUUGACACAAUAUACGGGCUCGUGCAGUGCACACCCAACUUGUCAGAGGAUCAGUGCAAUGAUUGUCUAGAAAAGAUAUUUGGGCUAGUUUCAAGCUGCUGUGGGAGUGGGAACCGGCUUGGUUUGAGGAUUCUGGCUCCGAGCUGCUUCUUUAGGUAUGAGACCAAUGAUCGAUUCUUCGACCCUGUUGCUGAGGCUCUCCCACCAGGAAAGAAGAGUAACUCACAAACUGUGAUCAUUGCCAGUGUCGUGGCCUCGAUCUCAGCUGUAGUCAUCCUCUUGGGCAUCCUCUUCUUCUUAAGGUUGAGAAGGAGGAGACCGAGAAUCAGACUUGAAAGUGAACCCAUCGAUGAUAUCGGCACUGCAGAGUCACUACAGUUCGAUCUUGAAACAGUCAGAGAAGCAACUGAUGACUUCUCGGAUGCAAAAAAGCUCGGUCGCGGUGGAUUCGGGGCUGUAUACAUGGGAAAGCUUCCUAAUGGACAAGAAAUCGCCGUGAAGAGGCUGUCAAGAAAUUCAGGGCAAGGGGAACUGGAAUUCAAGAACGAGGUGACGCUACUAGCUCGACUCCAGCACAGGAAUCUUGUCCGGCUCCUAGGUUUCUGUUUGGAAGGAGUCGAGAGACUCCUUAUCUAUGAGUUUGUUCCUAAUUCAAGCCUUGAUCACUUCAUAUUUGAUCCUGUCAAGCGCACAGUUCUCGACUGGCAAAGGCGGUACAAGAUAAUAAUGGGAAUUGCUCGAGGACUACUCUACUUGCACGAAGAUUCACGACUGCGUAUUAUUCAUCGGGACCUGAAGGCGAGUAAUAUUCUGCUGGAUGAAGACAUGAACCCUAAGAUAUCAGAUUUUGGGAUGGCAAAGUUGUUUGCUCAGGACCAAACUCGAGCUGACACGAGCAGAAUAGUAGGAACCUAUGGAUAUAUGGCACCAGAAUAUGCAAUGCACGGGAACUUCUCGGUUAAGUCGGACGUUUUCAGCUUUGGCGUUCUGGCUCUAGAGAUCGUGAGCGGUCAGAGAAACAACUCAUUCAGGAACGAGGACAGAGUAGAGGAUCUUAUCAGCAAUGCAUGGAGGAACUGGAGGGAAGGGGCAGUAUCGAAUAUAAUUGACCCCACGUUAAGUUUGGGUUCGAGGUCAGAAAUGGCAAGAUGCAUUCACAUCGGCCUACUGUGUGUUCAGGAAAACAUUGCCGAGAGGCCCACCAUGGCCUCAGUUGUUCUCAUGCUCAACAGUCACUCUCUGACCCUCCAAGUGCCCUCAGAACCUGCAUUUUUCAUGCACAGUGGAGUCCAAUCGGAUAUUUCACCUACUUGGGGAUACAAUUCCACGGUAUCCUAUGAUUCAAAAACAACCGACACUGACCGUAACCGCCAGGUCUCAGAGAAUGUGGUCUCGGACUCAGAGCUAUACCCGAGAUAGUUCCUCGAGGGAAGAUAAGGAACUAUGCAUUUGCUGUUCAUGUUCUUCAAUCUUCCCCUGACUGGGUUCGUGAUAUAUGUUUAGGAGACUUAUCAAUUUCAUUGAACAUACAUUUGUAGAACUGAGUUUUGGCUUGUGUGAUCAUUACUUCGACAGAGUUUGCAGAAA